AUGGUCAAGACAGUCGUUAUCCUCGGUGCCGCAUACGGCGGCCUCGCGGUUGCGCACCGCCUGCUCAAGUACACGAGAAAGGAUGAGCAGGAUCUCAGAGUCAUUCUCGUUUCAAAGACAACCCAUUUUUACUGGAAUAUGGCAUCUGUCCGUGCCAUUGUGCCGGGCGUAUUGAAGGAUGAGCAGGUUUUCCAACCGAUUGAGUCCGGCUUCGCACACUACCCAAAGGAAAGCUUCGAAUUCGUUCUCGGCACCGCCACCGGCCUUGACCUGGCUCGCAAGUCGGCCCUUGUCUCCACCGCUUCCGGCCCGAGAUCCCUGCCCUACGACUAUCUGGUGCUCGCAACCGGCGCCCGGUCCGCGAGCCCCGACAUGCCGUGGAAGAGCGCCGACUCGCACGAGAAGACGCUUGGCUUGCUGCACCAGACGGCGGAGAAGGUCAAGGCGGCCCGGCACGUUGUUGUCGCCGGCGCCGGCCCCACCGGUGUUGAGACCGCCGCCGAAAUCCGUUUCGAGUACAAGGACAAAGAGGUCAUCCUCCUCAGCGGCGACGAAGAGAUUCUCGGCUCGGAUCACGCUGCGAAGGGCAUCGAGAACGAGAUCGUCCGGCUGGGCGUGCAAGUCAAGCGAAACGCCCGGGUCGCCAACUCCCGUCCCCUGCCAGACGGCCAGACCGAGGUGACGCUCAUGAACGGCGAGAAGCUCAAGACAGAUCUUUACCUCCCGACCAUGGGCCUGAUCCCCAACUCCGAGUUCUUGGAUCCCAGCUUGCUGACGGAGCGCAAAUACGUCAGCGUCGAUGACUGUAUGCGCGUGAAAGGCGCCGACAACGUUUGGGCCUGCGGAGACUUGGUUUCGAAACCCCGCGCGGGCUUCAUGGUGACCGACAAGCAGGCCGCCGGCGUCGUAAAGAAUAUCGAGCUCGCCAUUAAGGGCAAGGACCAGCAAGUCGUCAAGGGCAUGCCGGUCGACAUCUUUGUGUGCUCCACUGGUCGUAGCCGCGGCGCCGGUCGCGUCGGCUGGGUCAAGGUCCCCUCCCUGUUCGUCUGGGCCGUCAAAGGUCGCACGUUGGGCUCAGACUGGCUACCCAAGUAUACAAAUGGUUCACAAUGGUGA